AUGGCUUGGGAAAACUGGACUACGGUGACAGAAUUUGUUUUCAAGGGGUUCACAGAUCGCCCCAACCUCCGGGUUACCCUCUUCAUGUUUUUCCUGCUCGUCUAUGUCACCACCGUGGUGGGAAACCUUGGUGUCAUUGCUGUUGUCUGGCUUGAUCCCCAGCUUCAAACCCCCAUGUACUUCUUUCUCAGCAACUUGUCCUUCUUGGAUCUGUGCUACUCCUCAGUUGUGACACCCAAAAUGCUGCUGACCCUCUCUUCAGAGAGGAAGACUAUUUCUUUUGCUGGCUGCUUCGUACAGCUGCAUUUCCAUGUUGUUUUUGUAGUCGUGGAGAGUUAUCUCCUGGCGGUGAUGGCCUAUGAUCGCUACGUCGCCAUCUGCAACCCCCUGCUCUACCCCAUCGUCAUGUCCCAGAAGGUCUGUGUUUCCCUCUUGGCUGGGUCCUAUGUGGUUGGGUUUUUUAACGCUGUCAUGUUCACGGGGUUUGCUCUCAGAGUGUCCUUCUGCGGCCCCAACGUCAUCGACCACUUCUUCUGCGAUGGGCCACCGCUGUCGAAACUGGCCUGCUCUGAUACGCGCCUCAACCAAGUGCUGUUACUUGCUUUUGGGGGCUUCAACGAGGUCACCACCGUAUCAGUCAUCCUCAUCUCCUACAGCCGCAUCCUAUUCACCAUCCUGAGGAUGGGCUCUGGGCCGGGCAAGCACAAAGCUUUCGGUACCUGUGCAUCCCACCUGGUGGUCGUCACCGUCUUCUACGGGACCCUCCUCUUCAUGUACCUGCGGCCCAGCUCCAGCUACUCCCUGGGCAGGGACAAAGUCAUUUCUGUUUUUUACGCGGUGGUGACCCCCAUGUUGAACCCCUUCAUCUACAGCCUGAGGAACCAGGAGAUGAAGAGUGCUCUGAAGAGAGCAAAGCAGCGAUACACACCACAGCGCAUAACUGAGACAGGGGAGAUGAAGAAUUUCAUGAGAAACACUUCAAAGGUUUAUACUUAG